AUGAAAAAAGAAUUGCAAUACUUAAUAGUUGCAAAUAUUUUAUUAAUAUCUUCUAUUGUUUAUUAUACUUUUGAUUUAAUCGCACUAAUAAUAGAUGAUACAAGUAAAGAAGCACUGACAUACGAUGAAUUAAAUCCAUCAAAAUCACAACUAUCUUAUGAUAAUAUUACAAAUCAAAUGACUUCAACAAAAGAUCUUAUAAUUCCAAAAAUUAUUCAUCAAACCUAUAAAACAACAGAUAUUCCAGAACAUUGGAAAGAAGGUCAACAAAGAUGUAUCGAUUUGCAUCCUGACUAUGAAUAUAUUUUAUGGACAGAUGAAAUGGCUUUAAAUUUUGUUAAAGAAGAAUAUCCUUGGUUCUUAGAUACUUUUAAAAGUUAUAAAUAUCCAAUUCAAAGAGCAGACGCUAUGAGAUAUUUCGUUUUAUUAUCUUAUGGCGGUGUUUAUAUCGAUUUAGAUGAUGGUUGCCAAAGAAGAUUAGAUCCUUUAUUAACUGUUCCUGCUUUCUUAAGAAAAACUUCACCUUUAGGUGUUUCAAAUGACGUUAUGGGCUUCGUACCAAGACACCCUUUUCUUUUAAAAGUUAUCAAAUCUUUAAAACAUUACAAUAAAAAUUGGUAUAACCCUUAUAUGACAAUCAUGUCAUCAACAGGUCCUUUAUUUAUUAGUAUAAUUUGGAAACAAUAUAAAAGAUGGAAUCAUUUUAAAAACUUAAAUCCUCAAGAAAUUACGAUUAGAGUCAUUCAACCAGAUGAUUAUAAAUUACACCCACAAUCUUUUUUCAGUAUAUCAAAGGGUUCUUCAUGGCAUAUGGAUGAUGCAGAUUUUGUCAAAUCAUUUUUAACUCAUAUCUUAUCAUGUGUUGUGGCAGGUUUUGUAUUAGGAUUUUUCAUUCUGUAUGGUGAAUUUACUUUCUAUUGUUGGCUUUGUUCAAAAAAUAAAAAUUUUAAUUUUAAUUUAAAAUAUACUAAAGCUGUAUUUGUUAAAAUUUGUUCAUUAUUUAAAUUCUUAAUCCCUGAACAAAAAAAUAAUUCAAAUGGUAAUUAUUCAAGAUUAUCAAAUAUUUCUCCAAGAAAACAAAAAAAAUUACCAAGAAGAGAUUCAAAUAUUGUUUCAAUGAUCGAUUUUAAUUUAGAUUUAGAGAAAAACGUAUCAAAAUUAUGA